UAAAGAGAGAGAGCAUAAGGUGUCGUGCUCGUGCUACAAUUUAAAAAUGGUGGCUACAAACUUCUAUUCUAUUACUAAAAACUGUAUUAUUACUUUAAAUUAUCUGUAAAAAUAAUUUUGUUAAUAAAAUAAGUAAUUUAAUAAUAAAUAUAAAUAUAAAAUGGCACUUUGCAUUAGAACAGUUCCAAGUAAAUUACUGUCUUUUGUUGGAACAAUAAGUCAGACGCAGCUUGAUCACCGGUUGACAAAACUAAUCGGCACAUCUUCGCUUUUACAUGAGGUCCAUUAUACACCGAAAAAAAAUCCACAGGAUAAUUAUACACUGGCAUCAGUAUACAAAACUACAGAUUAUUUAAAAAAUAUAAAUAAAAUUAAUAACGAAGUCAAAUUGUAUGCAAACGUGUCACAGUUACCAAAAAGAACAGCAGAUUUACCUCAGGAUGAAUUUUCAAGUGACAAAACCAAGGAUCAUAUUCCGGGGCAAGCUCCUUCAGAUCAACUGAUGCGUGUUUACAAGACACUUCAAACAGAUCUGCCGAGAUUUUUCACCUCAAUAAUGGACUACAGAAUUUACCACCGAGAUAUCGAGUUUAUUAAUCAUUUCAAAGGCACCGCUACACAAGGACUCAGUAGUUACAUGAAACAAAUAUUAUUAUUGAGAGUAGGAGGACAUUUGAUGUACGCGAUGGUUAAACUAGAAGUACUAAAAAUUACAGUACAUCCUGAAGACAGUACUGUCAGAGUUAGAUGGAGGAUAAGAGGCCUGUCUGCUUUCAAAGCGUUUUUUAAUUUUUGGAAAUUCAAGUGGUUGAAGAGUGUCGGCGGUAUAUCGUCAUUGGAGACGUGGUAUGAUGGAUUUUCUACAUUUUAUGUAAACGCAGAUGGUUUAGUGUACAGACAUGUAGCUGAUAAGAUGAUGCCUGAUGAAGAAACAGAACCAAUAAAAGCAAAACCAGAUAUUGCCGCUAAAUUAGCAGCAUGAUUCGGGCUUCUAGGAUUUUCAAAGAGGCUCUAUUGUUAUUUGUCCAACAAAAAAUAUUAAAAAUUAAACUGAAUCAAUACAUU